CAUAUGUUAUUUUUUUUUUAAAAAAAUAUAACAAAUCAAGAAAUUUUUCUUAACAAAUAAUAACAUUAAACAAAACAACAAGUAUUUUUUUUAUUUUUAUUUUUAUUUUUUUGUUUUUUCUUUUCGUAAGGGUAUAUUAUGAUACUUGGUAGUGAUAGUAUAGAUAUAUUAAUAAGUAAUAAUAGUUGUAUAGCUAAUAGUAAUAAUCAUAAUAAUAGUUAUCGUGGUUACUUUUAUUUCACAUACAAAUAGACAAAUCGGAAAAAUUCACCCAAAAAUUUUUUUAAUUUUUUUUUUUUUUAAAAACUUUGCAUAAAAAUUUAAUUUUAAAUAGUAAACAGUAUUUUUUCAAUCAAUAAAAUAAUAAAAAACAUGAUUAAUAAUAGAAAUAAUAAAAUGCAAAACAAUAAUAAUAACAGUAAUAGUAUUAAUAACAAUAAUAAUAGUAGUGGUAAUAAUUGUGGUAAUAAAACUAGUUGCAGUGAAAUUGCAGAUGAUUUACCGCCUUCUAGUAAUAACUAUUAUAAUCAACAGCAACAACAACACCAUUUCCAACCACUUUUGCAACAAAACAAUAAUAUAAAUAAAAAAUCCCUUGGAGGUGACUUUGAAGCUCUUAAUUAUUUAAAAAAGAGACUAUUAGAGGAGACAUUUGAUUUACCACAUUCAUCAUACUCGUCUCAUUCUCCACAUUCUCCACAUUCACCACAUUCACCACAUUCAUCGUAUUCAUCGCAUUCAUCGCAUUCAUCACCAAACUCAACAUCUCCAUUAUCGCUAUCCUCUUCUUCUUUACCACAUUCAUUUAAUGUAAAUAGUUGCAAUAUUAUUAACAAUGGUAAUAAUAAUAAUAAUAAUAAUAAUAAUAGUAUGAAUAGUAAUACAACACCAAGUAAUAGAUUGUCACCAAAAUUACCAGCUGAUUCUCAAUCAGAGAAAAAGAAUUCCGAACAACAUGCAAAACCAAAAUUAUUUAGUCAUGGCUCAAUUGAAUCUUUACCAUGCAUUUCACAACCACAUUACCCACAUCCAUUAGUCCCACCACAAAAUUUAAAUAUUAAUAAUAACAAUGGCAAUAACCAUAACAAUAAUAAUAAUAAUAAUAAUAAUAUUCAAAUUAAACCACAAGUAUCAUCGAUUUCGACAAGUACAUCAUUUCAAGAUUUACAACAACUUAUUAAAAAAGCACAAUCAAAUGAAGCUUCUCACCCACUAAAUGAAAAUCCAUCGUGCCCAAAGUGUAAUGUUCCUGCAACAAGAAGACACGACAAAAGAAGAUGGUGGUGCAAACCAUGCACAAAGUCAUUCACCCCAUUUAGAAAAGAGAAAAGAUUAUCAAAUGAUGAGCUUAUAAGUAAUGUUGCACCACAAUGUGGCAGAUGCUUGAACCAAGCUACAAGAAAGCAUGACAAAAGAAGAUGGUGGUGCAAGUUUUGUAAAAAACCAUUCACUCCAACUCAUUUCAAUUUAACUGAGCCGCAAAAUAUGAUUUAUGUAAUGGGUGCACCUAAAUUUGGAGUUCAAGCAAAUCAAACAACCGUUGUAAACUCCAAUCAUCAUGACACUAUAAAAUCAUUAUUAAAUCCAGAUAAUGCCGAUAUCCCAGCCCCAAAGAAGCAAAAGCACAGUGAUGAUGAACACGACGAACAUGCAGAUGAUGAACAUGACGAUUAUGACCAUGAUGACGAACUAGAAAUCGAUGAACAUGACUUGGAUAUUGAUGAUGAAAUUCAAACUUUAAAUAAUUUAAAUAAAUUCAAUAACAUACAAGAAUUAAAAUCAAAUAUCAAGCAACAAAAUAAUCAACAUUCACAAAAUAAUAAUAAUAAUAAUAAUAACAAUAGUAAAAAUAAUCAUCCACAUAAUUUACAUUACCAUCAUGAAAAUACAAAACUUACAAAUUGCUAUGAUAUCAUUGAUAGUGAUUUCAUGAAGGAAGGUUAUUUAAAUAGUAGUCAUGGUUCACAUAAGAGUACUCCAAGUCUUUCUCCAUUAAAUUCUUCUCCAUCCCAUCCAUCUAGUUCCACAACAAAUAAACAACAUUACUUGCCACAAACCAAAACAACAACAAAUAAUAACGAAAAAGAUAAAAUAGAAAGAGACAUUGUUGGUGUUAGUUCAAUAACUGAAAGUAUUAAUAUUAAUUUUGAUCAGUUACACAGAUUAAGCAAACAAAAUCAACAUAACAAUAAUAUUAAUAAUAGCAGUAAUAGUAAUUUUAAAAGAUCAAAAACUCCAAGCGAAUUAAUUCUAGAUAACUCAAUCGAAACUAUUCUUCAAUUAAAUGGUCAAGAAAAAACCCCUGGUAUUAUUUUAGAUUGGUUUGAACAUAGCCACCCAGAAAUUUUUGAAAAAAUGAUUUCAAUUAUAAACAGUAAUAAUAAAUUUAAAUUAACUGCCAGCAAAUAAAAACAAUAAUAAAAAUUUAAAAAAAAAAAAAAAAGAAAAAUUUAUUUUUCUUAUGUAAUUUACAUAUUCCACAU